ACUAUAUUUUUAAAAAUUCUUUUUGUUUUUCAGAAAGGACAAUUUAAAGUUGAAAGGUUGAGUGAAGAGAAUAAAAUAAUGAGUUCAGAGCAGGAUAUUGGUCCAGCUGUAGAAGAAAAAUCUGACGGCGCUGGAACAAAGGAAGAUGAAAACAAAGUGGGAACUUUUAAAACACCUAGUUUUGUUAUUCCCAGUAAGAAGAAAGUUCAGUCAGGUACUAAUGCAGGAGGAAUGUUUAAAAGUCCUGCAUUACCACCAAAAAUUGGUGGUGAUAUCAAGAAAACUGAAGUUGCAGAGAAAGAAAAAACUAAAACAGUAAAUACUGAAGCUGCUGAAGAUGAAGAUGUCAAAGUAAAAGAUGAAGAUACAAGUAAUAAGGAGGAGGAUACUGAUGCGAAAGUCCCGUCAAAGAAACUGGUAGUGCCUUCACCAGCUGAACAGCUGAAACAGUCCCAAUCUGCGAUACCAUACAAAGAACCUUCUUGGAGUGGCCUCUGUGAAGAAAAAUUUGCAUUUGAGGUCAUUAAAAAUGGUGCAGUUAUUGAUAACAUUGAUCUUACAACCAAAGCUUUCCAUGUAAUUGGCAGACUGCCAAGUUGUGAUAUUCCGAUGGAACAUCCGUCUUUGUCUCGUCAUCAUGCAGUUGUGCAGUAUUCUAGCGGGAAGUCAGAACAAUAUCCAGGCGGAUGGUACUUGUUUGAUCUAGACAGUACACAUGGUACCUGGAUUAAUAAGAACAAGGUUCCAUCUCAAAAGUUUCACAGAAUUCAUGUUGACUAUGUGUUAAAGUUUGGUGGAAGCUCAAGGUUAUUUAUUUUACAAGGCCCUGAUACUGACCGUCAGGAGGAAUCAGAAAUGUCGGCAUCUGAGAUGAAGGAACAGCGAGAAAAACAGAAGAAAGAGGCGGAGGUACUGAGGCAGGCUGAGAUAGAGGAGGCAGAAAGAAAGGCGGAGAUACUGAAAAAGAGGGAGGAGUCAAAGGGAUGUUCAUGGGGCAUUGAUGAUGAUGAAAUCGAAGAAGAAGAUGAUAAAGCAGAAAACCCAUUUGCUUCCAUAGAACCAGAGAAUGAGGCUUUGUAUAUCAAUGAUCCGAAGAAGUCACUGAAUGGGUAUUUUGAGAGAGAGGGUUUGGAAUUGCCAGAAUAUGAAUUCCAUGAAGCAGGAUUUGGAAAAUGGAAAUGUACAGUGGAACUACCAAUUGAUGCUCCUUCGGGAGAACCUUUGGUGGCUGAGGUGACAGUGUCGGGAAAGAAACGAGAGGCAGUAGAGGCUUGUGCGCUUGAAGCUUGUAGAAUAUUAGAUAGACAUGGAGAAUUACGGAAGUCUGCUCAGGAAAGUCGAAAACGAAAACAGAGAAAUUGGGAAGAUGAUGAUUUUUAUGACAGUGAUGAAGAUGUGUAUUUAGAUAGAACUGGUACCAUUGAGAAGAAGAGAGAGCUUCGGAAGAAUAAAGUUGGUAAGACUGAUAAAGUCACAGAAACUUAUGAUACGCUUUUAGAAAAGCAUAAAAAAGUUACUGCUGAAAUUGAAGAGAUAGAAGCAAAACUUGAACAAGCAAAAGCACAAGCAGCUGCAAUGGAAAGUGAUGAUGUAGAUGCUCUUGAUGCAUAUAUGAGUGCUAUAAAAUCAGGAAUGAUGGACACAAAAACAAAAAUGAAGUUUAAGAGACAGUUGCUUGAAUUAAAACAAGAAGAGCAGAGGAUAAGAAAACUUGUGAACAUAGCUAAACCUGCCUCACUUCCAGAAAUCUCAAGUAAAAACUCAAAAACAGAUGUUAAAAAGCAAGGUGUUCUAGCAAGUGUUGGUAAAAUGAAAGGUCCUUCGACAGGGAAGCUGCCUCGAAAGAUUGUGCCAGGUCCAAAACAAGAGAACACUGUAGAGAAAUCUGAUGAAAGUGAAGAAGAUGAUGAUGAAAAUGAUAGACUAGGUGAAAAUAGUAAGGCAAACAGCAAGAAUAUGAAAAGUAAUAGUGAAGUUGUAGGAGUUCCAAAACAAAGUGAGGAUAAAACUAAAGUUAACAAUGAACAUACUGACCAAAAGCCAAAGGUGAAAGGACCAACAAUGCCGCCUGUUAGAGAAAAAGAAAAGGAACAUGAAAGUGUCAAACAGGAGAUUCAUUCCAAGUCAAGGCUGAAAGGUCCUUCUCUACCACUUGCUGCUGUUUUAGAAAAAUUACAAGAAGAAAAUGUGGAAGGCGAUCAAAAACCAGAAACUGAUAAUGAGAAAAAACAGACAGACAGUAACAAGAGAAAAUCAAAAAGUGCUAAGACUGAAAAUAAGAAAUUCAAAUCUGGUGACAGUUAUGAUGCUGAAGACCCUGAUUAUGCUGUUUGGUUACCUCCUGAAAACCAGUCUGGGGAUGGAAAAACUCAUUUGAAUGCAAAAUUAGGCUACUGAAACAGGUAGCCAGUCUGGAAUACUGAAGUUAGAAUAUUGAAUCAGAAAAGCAGUCUUGAGAUUUCAGUGCAAACUUAUUUACUCAAGGUAAUGAAACAGAAGAGUAGUCCACCAUGCAGACUGACCUACUUAAGAUACUAAAUCAGCAAAGAGAGAAAUGUUUCAUGGUACAAAAAUAGGAUAACUGCGUUAAAAAGCAAUGCAUGGGAUCAGAACUAGACUUGCACAAAGUCAUUAUAAUUCGUUGGAGGAUAUUUUGGUGCAUUUUUUCGUUAUACUUGUCCACACAAUUUAAAUCCCAAAGGUUUUUAAUUACUAAAAUUUCCCUUAAUUUUAUAUGAGGAAUUUGAAAUCUAUUAAUUACCAUGAUUAGUGGCCACAUGACACAGCUAAAUGAAGAACUUAAAUUUGUGCAUACCCAUACAGGUAGAUUUAAUAGUAUGGAACCACAUCUCUAAAAUACGAGUUAAUUUCAACCGGUUAAAUUCAAGGCCAGGUUUAUUAAUUCUCGAAAUAAAGGUAAUAAAGGUUGAUAUUUUUCAUUUUACGAAAAUGAAAGUGAAUACAAAUCAUAUAUAAAAUA